ACCCUUCACAAUCUUUCAACUAACACAAUAACUACUCUCUCUCUCAAAAUUAAAUCUCUCUCGCUACUCUCUCUCCAGAAAUGCUAUUAAGUUUGACGCUCCCUCCGCAAAAUCUCGGAUUCUUUGAGACCCGGCGAGCGAGUUUCAAGCUCAGGAAGUCGCCGCUCAAUCCGUGCGCUCCACGGUUCUUUAACUCGGCUUCGGUUUCGGUUUCGAACACAACUCUCACACGUAAGCACUUGUCUAACCUAGAUAAGUUGCUUCCUGUUAAAUCCGAGCCUGUUCCGGUUUUUCCACCCCGAUCUGAUCCGAAUCCGAUCUCGAAUGAAGAAGCAAAAACAAGAGGUAUUUUGGAAGCUUUAAAUUUACCGAGGUUUUGGAAGGAGUCAAAGGCCGCGGAGGAGGUCUCUCCGCGACAUUUAAAUAGACUCCGCCGACUUUUAUCCAAGUCGGCGGAGUAUUCCCCGAGGAAUAUUCUAGGUAGUAAGUGGAGGCAGUAUCACGGAUCGGAUAAUUGGGCGGGUCUACUUGACCCGCUCGAUGAAAAUUUACGUCGAGAAAUGGUUAGGUAUGGGGAAUUUAUUCAAGCGGCUUAUCAUUGUUUUCAUAAUGAUCCCGCCACGUCAGCUGAUCACGCUCCGGCUGAUCGGCACGUGGCACUUCCUGAUAGGUCGUACAAGGUGACCAAGAAUUUAUAUGCCACGGCAUCAGUUGGGCUGCCUAAGUGGGUUGACACCGUGGCACCGGAUCUGAGCUGGAUGACUCAACGGUCCAGCUGUAUCGGUUACGUGGCGGUUUGCGACGAUCGAAGAGAGAUCGAACGGAUGGGAAGGCGGGACAUAGUAAUCGCGCUUCGCGGGACUGCCACGUGUCUCGAGUGGGCCGAGAACAUGCGAGACUUGCUCGUUCAGAUGCCAGGUCAAGAUGACAAAGCCCCAUCGCAAGCCAAAGUUGAAUGCGGAUUCUUAAGCCUCUUCAAAACCUCUGGGCCCCACAUGCCAAGCCUGUCCGAAUCAGUAGUAAAAGAAGUUCAAAGACUUGUCGAAUUAUACAAAGGUGAAACCCUAAGCAUAACCGUCACCGGACACAGCCUCGGCGCCGCCAUGGCCCUCCUCGUGGCCGACGAAUUAUCCACAUCCGUACCCGACACCCCUCCCGUCGCGGUAUUCUCCUUCGGCGGUCCCCGGGUUGGAAACCGAGGAUUCGCCACCCGUCUCGAAUCCCAAAACGUCAAGGUGUUGAGAAUAGUGAACUCACAAGACGUGAUCACUAAAGUCCCUGGUAUGUUCGUAAGCGAAGGCCUAGACAAAAAACUCCGCGAAUCAUCCGCAUGCUCAGUCCUCAACAUCCUCGACAACAACAUGCCGUGGGCUUACACUCACGUCGGGACCGAACUGAAACUCGACACGAAAAUGUCCCCAUUCCUAAAACCCGAUGCUGACGUGGCAUGCUGUCAUGAUCUCGAAGCCUACUUGCAUCUCGUAGACGGAUUCAUGGCCUCGAAUUGUCCGUUCAGACCGGACUCGAAGAGGAGCUUAGUGAAGUUGCUAGAUGAACAAAAAUCGAACAUGAAACGGUUGUACACGAACAAGGUGAAUGCGUUGAGUUUCAAGCCUAGAAAGGAGUUGUUGCGGAUGCCUAGUGUAUUGCCGAGUCCUUCUUCUUCCUAGCGUUAAUAAUAAAAAUUCGAUAUCGGAUUCGAUAUGUUAUUCGAUAUGUUAUGUAGUGUUGUGCAUGUCGUGUAAUCAAUUGUGUAUAUAUUUAUUUUACGAACUGAAGCCAGAGAUCUGUGAGUGUGAGUUCAUGCCUGUUCUGUAUUUGUACUGUGGCGUUCAUUUUGAUUUAAUCAACUCAUGUUUCUCUUGUAAA